AUGACCUUCAUCAAGAAGAGCAAUUCUUCUAUAGACGAUAAUGACGAGCUUACCAGCAAUGUUUCUAUAAGAAGUAAUAGGGUUCGCUCCAAAGUGAAACAGUCUGCUUGGAGCAGGUUGUUCAGCAGAAAACCAGCUGAAGAAGAAUACGUUCUUCUUCCAAUGUUUGCUAAAGAGAAGGAUCAAAUAAAAGUAGUAAAAAAGAGUUUGAAACAACCGGAGCAGAAAGAUUGGUGGCUCAGAUAUUUUUGUUCAGAAAAAUUUGAAACUAACAAAAGUUUAUUUCAUCAGGUAUCAUGGGUCCGGCACCGGGACAUCCACCUGCUGACGGUGGGGCGCUACACGUACACGUCGGACCAGCGCUUCGAGGCGCAGCACAAGCCGCGCUCCGAGGAGUGGGCGCUGCGCAUCCGCAGCCCGCAGCGGCGCGACUCCGGCCAGUACGAGUGCCAGAUCUCCACCACGCCGCCCAUCGGCCACGCCGUGUUCCUCAACAUAGUAGAGCCAGAGACGGAGAUCCUCGGAGGUCCAGACCUGUUUAUCUACGCCGGCUCCACCAUAAACUUGACCUGCAUAGUGCGGCACACGCCGGAGCCACCUAACACUAUCAAUUGGACGCAUAGAGGCAAGACUAUAAACUUCGACUCGACGCGCGGUGGUAUAUCGCUAGUAACAGAGAAGGGUAUACACAGUAGCAGUAGGCUACUGGUGCAGGCGGCGCGGACGUCUGACGCGGGCGCAUACCAAUGUGCACCAGACAACGCACAGAUGGCUACAGCACGAGUUCAUGUACUUACUGGUGAGUUCUAG